GGUGGCGAUGCAGGGAUUGGUAGAAGCCAGUAAUGUGCUCUUGCUUGACCACAAUGUCUCGUUCAUCCAACGCUUGCAGUAAGGCUUGUCGAUCUAGGAUGGAACGGGGAGAGGGAGCGGGACGACCUCGGCCCUUCUUGGGCUUGAUAGAAAUCGAUGAAGAAGACUCUGCAGGCAUCUGGAUUGGAAUGGCUAGUUCAGUACGGGCUUGGGUUGAGUCUUAACUGAGACGGCUGGUUUGGUUGCAGCAGCAGCAACUUCUUGUUGUGUUUUGUUGUUGCGGUCGUUUUUUUGUUGGCAGUUUGCAACCUUGGUCGUUUCGUGUAUGCGUAUGGUUGUGCGGUUCUGGCCUGCGAGGCUGCCUCGCGCCGCCAAAGGUACCGGUGGGUUGUGGAUCCUGAGCAUUUGUGCGUCUUUGCUGAGGUGGCGAAACAUCAAAUUGUUUUGAUAGCUUCAUUGGCUUGGAAAUGGAUGGCUCACACAAAAGGGUCAAGUUGAAGAUUUGUGACGCGCUGGGAACCGUCAACUCUCUUCGGGAAGCAUCUUUACGUGGAGCCUGCGCCACCAAGAAAAUCUGAAACCCAUCAAAAGAAAAAAGAGAUACGUUGCCGUACAUCCACUGGAAGUUCAGAACACAGUGUAAUAGUUAUCAAUCAGGCUACAAGUGCAAAACAAAGGCCACAAUUUAUUCUUCUACCAUCCAAUAACACACAACCUCUUUUCCUACCAAUUUUUAUUAGAAUCAAAAUGAAGUUCUCUGCGGCUGUUGCAACUCUUUUCUUGGCCUCGGCUACUGCCUUUGCCCCUUCUGCUUUCACUGCCAAGCCCACAACAGCUCUUCAAGGUUUCUCCUCGAAAGUCUUUGAGACUCAAGAGGUUUCCUUUGCUGAUACCAAGGAAACCAUUGUCAAGGGAGGAAGAGAUCUGUUUCCUCUCCUUCCCAAAGCUUUCGAAGGGAUUGAACGCAUCGGGGUCAUUGGAUGGGGAUCGCAGGCUCCUGCCCAGGCACAAAACUUGAAGGACUCCCUCGCAGAAUGCGGAGCUGACAUUAAGGUCACCAUUGGACUCAGAGAGGGAUCUUCCUCCUGGGAACAGGCCAAGGAAGUUGGAUUCUCAGAGGAUGAGGAGACCCUAGGAGAAAUGUUCGAUGUCAUUAGCAAAUCCGAUUUGGUCGUUCUCCUCAUCUCCGAUGCCGCUCAGGCUAAACUAUACAAAGAAAUCUUCGAGGCCAUGAAGCCUGGAGCCACCCUCGGACUUAGCCACGGAUUCCUUCUGGGACAUUUGGAUUCCAUUGGAGAAAAGUUCCCAGAGGAUAUGGAUGUCAUUGCCGUCUGCCCCAAGGGAAUGGGUCCCUCCGUCCGUCGUCUUUACGAACAGGGUAAGGAAGUUAACGGAGCUGGAAUCAACUCAUCUUUCGGUGUCCACCAGGAUGUCAGCGGAAAGGCCACCGAUUUGGCCUUGGGAUGGGGUAUCGCACUUGGAUCUCCUUUCAUGUUCGAGACCACUCUCCGAUCCGAAUACAAGUCCGAUAUCUACGGAGAACGUGGAAUCCUCUUGGGAGCCGUACACGGAAUUGUCGAAUCCCUCUACCGUCGCUACCAACGCCAAGGAAUGAGCCCCGAACAAGCCUUCCUGGAAUCUUCUGAAUCCAUCACUGGAAACAUUGUCAAGAUUAUUUCCACUCAAGGAAUCAAGGCUGUCUACGAUUCCCUCAACGACGAAGACAAGGUCACAUUCCAGACCGCCUACUCGGCAUCCUACAAACCUGCCAAGGAAAUCCUGCAAGAAAUCUACGACGAGGUUUCUUCUGGAAACGAAAUCCGAACUGUCAUUAUGCACGGUGCCCGCUUGGACCGAUACCCCGUCGGCAAAAUUGAUGGAACCGAUACCUGGAAGGUUGGUGAAAAGGUCCGCGCCGAACGUGACGAAGAAAACAUCCCCCUCAACCCCUUCACAGCAGGUGUGUACGUUGCUACAAUGAUGGCACAAAUUGAUGUCCUCUUGGAGGAGGGACACCCCUAUUCGGAAGUUGUCAAUGAGUCCGUCAUCGAGGCUGUCGACUCCUUGUGCCCAUACAUGCACUACCGAGGUGUUGCCUUUAUGGUCGACAACUGCUCCUUCACAGCCAAGACGGGAUCUCGUAAAUGGGCACCCCGAUUUGACUACAUUCUGGAUCAGUUGGCAUACACAGCGGUCGAUAAUGGAGCCGCCAUCAACGAAGAGCUGAUUGCUGACUUUGAGAAACACACUGUCCACCAAGCUGUAGAAGAGUGUUGCAAGCUUCGACCGGCUGUGGACAUCAGUUUGUUCGCAGAAACAAGUACCAAGGAGAUCGUGAUCCAGUAAGCACUUGCUGUUGUUAGGGCGAAAAGAAAAGUGAGAGAGUAGUUUCUAAAUGAGUAUUAGAUGGUUCAUGGUAAAACGUCGGCUCUUGAUGACCUUGCAAUUGGAGCAGCGCUGGAUUAUGUAGGUGAUCCCAUGAACGUGGCGGCACACCGGUGCCUUGAAACUGCCUCAUUGGCACAGUAUUUUAAAAGUGCAGCCUCUGGGAACUUGGACCCCCAAUGUAGCUAGCGAAGUGACAGAAGAUGUAUCUACCCACCCCCCGCAAAGAAAUCUACCGUACAGUACGGUACCAUACUAGCUGGUAAUGGAUGGGCAAGACGUUAGCUUUGUUCAUUAUGCCCGCCAGCUUGCUCAUGACACCUGCUGUGUUGAUUUUGUCGGAUGCCCGGAGCCCGGUGUUGGACAUGAGGAGGAGGAGGACGGCUACUUGGCAGCUUUUGCUGUGUUUUAGCAUUUUUUUGCCAUCA